AGGCCAAUCUCUCCUAUAAAGCAUUUGCCCAUUCGAUAUGCCACCUCGUAUUCCAGUUGAUUUCUUUUUUGACGUUUUCUCACCCUACAGCUGGAUAGGAUUCGAAGGACUGCUAAGGUAUAAAAAUGUAUGGCCUAUUGAUGUUCGUCUGCGCCCGUUCUACUUAGCUGGAAUAAUCAAAUCAACAAAAAACCCUGGUGCACCUAUGAUGCUGGCGCAAAAACAUAAAUAUAUGGAAAUGGAUCUGAAAAGGAACUCCAAGUACUGGGGUAUACCGGUAUCGCUUCCAAAGGAUUUCAAAGAUAUUGUGUUCACGAACUCGUCGGCUGGUGCACAAAGGUUAUUGAUAGCUGUGCAGAGGAGGCAACAAGCAAAGAUGGAACAGAUGGCCAGAGCAAUGUGGCGACGGAUGUUCACAGAACACACUGGGGUGCUCGAUCGAAAUGCUUUGCUUGAAAUUCUGAAUAGUCUCAAUGUGAAAAACGCUGAAGCAAUGCUGGAGGCGUCGACUUCUAACGAUAUCAAAGAAGUUUUGAGAUCGAACACUGACGAUGCGCUUGCUAUGGGUUGUUUCGGAGCACCUUGGAUUCAUGUGCACACACCCAGUGGAAACGUCGAGCCAUUUUUCGGUAGCGAUCGCUUGCCGCUGAUUGGUGAUCUCAUCGGUGAAGAUUUUCAAGGACCUCUCAAGCAAUUCGCAGAGGACUUUUGA